AUGUCCACUUUAAAGAACCGCAGCGUCCCGACCGCUUCAGAUCAGCAGAAAAACGCUUCCCCCAUUAGACGGAGAUUGUACACCCACAACGAGAUCCCCAAAUGGCAACAGGACAACCAUUACAUCCUCGAUGGCUACGUGAAACAAACCAAUAGUCUUCAUCGCUGCUUUGAGUCUCUCUUCUAUAUCCACAACGAAUCCGGUAACAUCCACUCGCACUUGUUCCCCGGUCUUGCUGCCUCUGCUGCAUUAUGCACAUCCUUCUGCUACUUUGACCGCCUCUUCCCGGUGUACCCCACUACUACACACACAGACAAGUUUGUGUUGUCCUUGUUUAUGUGCGGAUUAAUUUCGUGCUUGACGCUUUCCGCUACGUACCACUGCAUAAAAUGCCAUUCUCCCGCUGUGUCGGUGCGCUUCAACAAGCUAGAUUACGUGGGGAUCAUAGGGCUUACCUCCACCUCCAUGACCAGCAUCAUCUACUACUCCUUCAUCGACUUACCCGUAGCGUACCACGCAUCCUUUUUUACGAUGAUUGGCGCCUUCAGCUUGGGCUGCUUCGUGAUGAGCGUGGAUAGCCGGUUUCGUCGGCCUGAGUGGAGACCCACCCGUGCGGCAAUGUUCAUUAUGUUUGGUCUUACCAGUAUAUUUCCAAUAUUUGUGGGGAUUAUCAAGUUUGGCUUGGAAAAUACUUGGAAGCGGAGCCUGCUCACCUGGGUGUUGGGAGAAGCCGUAUUGUAUAUCAGUGGGGCCGUGUUGUAUGCGUUGCGAUGGCCGGAGAGACAGGCUCCGGGGAAGUUUGACUAUUUUGGCCAUUCGCACCAGAUCUUCCACGUUAUGGUGGUUUUGGCCGCUGCCAGUCAUGCGACGGGAUUGUACAAAUGCUACCAGUAUUGCCAUGAAGUGACGUUGGCAACUGGAAUGUGA